CUACACAAUUACUAUUUAUAAUAUCAUUAUUUUUUGUUCCCUGAUUUUUUGAUUUAUAACAUUUGUAUCGUGAUAAUAUUUAUAUGAAUUUAAUUAUAAUUGUAGUUUUGGUCCAAAUGUUAAGUACAGCCCUAUAAUUUACAACAAAGGUUUUUUGCUAAUAUUAAAUUUCAAAAAGUAAACAAUAAUGUUUAACGAAGAAAUAUGGAAUCAGAAAACAUUGCUCAAAGUUGUGAUGAAACCAAGAAUAGAAUAUGUCUAUGCCUCCGCUUUACUAAUAAGUAUUUUACAAAUAGUUAUCUAUUUUACUAAUUUAGAAUGUGAGGUUGAAGGAUGGGGUAAAGAAUCAAUAAGAAACAUUAGCCUCUAUAUAUCAGAUGUAAAUGCACAAAUAUUUCCAAAGGAUUUUUGUCAAGCUUAUUCUAUGCUUUUGAUAGUCGUAUGUUCAGCUCCUGCAAAUACAAAUGCAAGACAAGCAGUCAGGGAAACAUGGGGUAGCCAAAAAACAGUUUUAGGAGAACGAAUUGAGCUUGUAUUCCUUAUGGGGAAAGCCUUAGAACCAUCAGUGCAGGGUGCUAUUUUGGCCGAAAGCCAACAAUUUAAUGAUAUUAUUCAAGAAGACUUUACUGAUUCCUAUUAUAACUUGACACUUAAAUCAACUCUUAUGUUAAAACUGGCAUCAAGUAAUUGCAUGGAUAUGUCAAGAUUUUUGUUUAAAAUCGAUGAUGAUAUGUUUGUCAACAUACCAAAACUAAUGAGAUUACUUAUAGAGAGAAAUAAUUCUGAGAAUGUUUUGUUAGGAAAGAUGAUGUGCCGAACUCAACCAAUAAAAGAUCCCACCAGUAAAUGGUAUUGCCCAGCAUAUAUGUUCAACAACACAUACUUCCCAAAUUUUUUAUCUGGUACAGGAUACCUGAUGUCACUGGAUGUUACGAAAAAAUUGUACAAUGCUGCAUUGACGAUACCUCUUAUACAUCUGGAAGACGUGUAUAUUACAGGUAUGUGUGCCAAAAAUGCCGGGAUAGUUCCAGAAACGGUUUUCGAAUUCUCCACGGGUUAUUUCGAAGACGAAUCUUGCGAAUUGAAGAAUCUUAUUACCAUACACUAUUUCACGCCCGAUAGGAUGAGGCAAACGUUUCAAACUCUAAACAAACCAGGAAGUUUUGAAAAAUGUCAUGAACCAAUUUUCAAACCGACAGCUUGGUUGAGAACGACUCUAUUCUUGCCGUUGGCUCGUUCGAGAAGGAAGAGAAUUUGUUAAUUAGGGUGCAAAAGUGCUUUAUAUGUCAAUUGUAAAAAGAAAAAUAGUAAAAAACUUCAA